CCCUGCUGGGCUGCCGUACUUGUUGUGUUUGUUUGAGCGAAAGCAAAGAUGGCGAACGAACUAGACAGAGUGCGAAUCUCAGCUGCGGAACUCCGAGCUGAAGCGUCGAAUUCAGUCAACAUUACCGACUGUCAGAAAGAGGAACAACGUGAGCAUCACAUACACAAGCAGCAUAGGAGGCGUGAAGGAAAGCGGCCUGAUCUACAGCGCUACCAGCCGGUAGCUGGACAUGGAAGACGUCACAGGGACAGUGAGGAGGGAGACGCUGGUCCAAAAGAUCCCCUAGCUGCCGAUUCACACGAGCACAAUCAACCAUUACAGAGUGUAAAAAAGGGUGUCUAUGAAAGUGAGACACAAGACUGCACAGAGGGAGCGCCUGCUACCAACAAAAGAGAAGAAGACAGGAUGAGAGGAGACGGCAGUAAUACUCAGAACUGUAGAAAGGGUAGCUUCUCACAGGCUAAAAUGGAUUCAAAUGAUGAAAAAGGCUUUGUUGAAAAUGACGGAGAACACCAGGAGCCUGCUGGAGCUGCCAAGCCAACUAGAAAAGCUCGAAAACCUGACAGAGAAUUUUAUCAACCUGGCAGCCGGAGGAAUAUUCAGGGAAAGGACUGCGGAGUUGGGAGAGAGCAGGAUAAGCCUCCGCCUAGGAAGCCUGAGCAAAAAGCUGAGCUAGAAUCCCCGCUGAGUACAGGGGGGGAGGUAAACCAGAAAAAGCCAAUGCAGAAGCAAGGGAGGAAAGAAGUAAACAGAAGGCAAGAAAGUCAAGAUGUGGAAACACCUCCGUUACCUGUUGAUACGUCAGUGGAGAAAAUUACUAGCAAAGUUGAAAAAAUAAACAUAAAAGAAAAGGGUAAAGUGGGAGGCCCAGCUCAAGAUGCUGGAGAAUUAAGUUGCAAGGGAGGAGAAGCAAAUGAUAAGGAAAGGAGAGGCCAAGGGGCAGGUUCAAAAGACGGGGAUGAAAAGGCGGAGAAGAAGAGAGAACGGGGAAACCGCAGGAGAAGGGGAGUGGACAAGGAAAAGGAGAAGAAUCAGGAUUCCAGAAGAGAAGAUGAACCAGGUAGUGGAGGAAAGACUGCUCAGGAUAAGGUUGAGAAGGAAAGCGAUAAGAAAGCUCCAGAAGCUGAUGGGGAAAAAACAGAUAAAGCAGGAGAGACUCAUCAGAGCAAAAGAAAAGAGAAUCAUAGAGAAAACAGAAGAGGAGAAAACAACAACAGUAGGUCCAGAGAUGCUGAUAAAGAUCCCAAGACAGAAAGAAAUGUAGACAGGACUGUAGAAAGAGGUGACAGAAACAGAUAUAAUGCAAAUGUCACAACACCGACCUCAAAACGCUAUUCUAAAUCAGAUAUCCGGCGCUCACGCAAUCGAACUUACAGCAGUAGCUCAGCCAGCAGUGUGACCAGCCUGGAUGGUCCUGGAGUAGGAAAGGAUGUGGAAGGUAGAAAGUGGUUACACUCAGAACCUCGGCACAGUAACAAACAGCAGGUGGUUAAUAGUGGAGAAGGACGACGGAGUCAUUUAAAAAGCUGGACAACCAACGAGGAAUCAUCUACAGAAUCACAGGAAGCGAGUGAAAUGAGUGACAGAGCCGAAGAUCAGAGAAGGAGAAGAAGAGGUGGGGAGGAAGAGAGGCACAGGGAAGAAACAAACCGACCAAAGGGAAACAAAGGCGGUGGUGGUCGGGGAAUCCUGAGGGUUUCUCUAGAUAAACAGUCGGGUACCUCAUCACAUAGUGGGGAGACACAACAUCGCAAGCAAGGGGUGGUUCCUCGUGGGAGAGGCGGGGGAAUUCUGGUGCUUCCAGCCCGCACAGACACCUCUAAUUCACCUGAAGUGGGGCAAAGGCUUCUUUUUGGUGGAAUCAGGGGAGGAGCAGCUAGCAGGACCAGAGGAGGCCGAGGAGGAGGAGUGAGACGACUCUGGGACCCAAAUAACCCCGACCAGAAACCUGCUCUUACCGGCACGAAGCCUUCACAGCAUUCAUCUCUCCAGCAGCCUGUAUAUCUUCAGACUGGGACUGGAUAUGGACAACUUCACUUUCUGGACACAGAUGAUGAGGUAGCAGGCAGUCCUCCAGUCCAGCAGGGUGAACACUUGCGUUCCCAACAGGCUGCUGCCAUGGCCUACUACAAAUUCCAAAAUUCAGACAACCCCUAUUGCUACCCCAUGGCCACCAGUAACCCUCAUAAUCCCGGCACCACCAGUAACCAGCGCUAUCCAUAUCCUUAUCACAUGGGUCCCUACCAAAUGGCUCCACCUAACGGUAUAUACCCGAGCCCUGGUGUGGGUCAGUUCUGUGGGACUUACAGGGGAGCAGGUUACUCCCAGCCAGGUGCAGGAGGUUGUCUGACAUUUGAAGAGGCAGAGCAGCAAACAAGAGGGGAGCUGGGAAGGCUGCUGAGGGCUGCAGAUGCACAUGAGCUUCAGCUCAGUAACCUGUUGUCCAGGGACAGAGUGAGUGCUGAUGGACUGGAUCGCAUGGCCCAGCUCAGGUCGGACCUUUUGGGGCUGUAUGAGCAGGUCAUCCUGACAGACAUCGAGUUCUCAGACUCUCAGAAUGUGGAUCAGGCUUUGUGGAAGAACGUCUUUUACCAGGUCAUAGAGCACUUCCGGCAGCUACUCAAGGACCCUACGUAUGACAACACCCCUCAUAUCAGGAACAUGCUGCUCACACUGCUUGAUGAGGGAGCACUGUUCUUUGAUGCGCUACUUCAGAAGCUGCAGGCAAUGUACCAGUUUAAGUUAGAGGAUUACAUGGAUGGAAUGGCUAUCAGGGCUCGGCCACUACGCAAAACGGUAAAAUAUGCACUUAUAAGUGCUCAGCGCUGUAUGAUUUGUCAGGGAGACAUUGCACGUUACCGGGAGCAAGCCAGUGACUCUGCCAACUAUGGCAAGGCUCGGAGUUGGUACCUGAAAGCCCAACAGAUUGCCCCCAAAAAUGGACGACCAUACAACCAGCUAGCCCUUUUGGCAGUUUAUACAAAACGGAAGUUAGAUGCUGUGUAUUAUUAUAUGCGCAGCUUGGCGGCUUCCAACCCCAUUCUGACUGCAAAGGAGAGCCUGAUGAGUCUGUUUGAGGAAGCUAAGCGAAAGACAGAGCAGCUUGAGCGAAGGAGGAGGCAGGAGUACGAAGGAGGCUCCAGAGGCCCAGCAGUAAGAGGCAGAGGAAGAGGGGAAGAGGGAGCACGUGUGGAGAUCUGGAUUCGCCCCAGUGGACAAGCAACAACCUCGUCAUCCCAGAGAGGAGGCAGCGAGUCCAGCAGAGAUUCUGAACAGGAUGGAGAGCUGGGCAGUCUAAGUGCCACUGACCUAAAUAAGAGAUUCAUUCUGAGCUUCCUGCAUGCACAUGGAAAGCUCUUCACUAAAGUGGGCAUGGAAUCCUUCCCUGGAGUAGCGAGUCGUGUUCUGCAGGAGUUCAGGACGCUGCUCCAGCAUGGCCCUUCACUACUGGGCAGUACACACAUGCUGCAAAUAAUCACCAUCAACAUGUUCACCAUACACAAUGCACACAGCAGAGGUGAAGAAGGAGAAGUGCGGUCUGUUUUACAAGAGCAAAGCACUGCCCUGGGCCUUGGCAUGUUUGCACUACUGGUGCAGCGCUGCACAGAGCUCCUCAAAGAAACUCCUCCAGAGCCAGUCCCCAUGGCAGAUGGAGAGGAGGAAGGUAAAGUGGAGGAGUUGGAGGGUAUGGUGAGAGUCUCUGCCUUCCCAUUGGAGCUUAGAGAACUGUUGCCAAGCAUCAAAGUCUGGUCUGACUGGAUGUUGGGGCAACCAGACCAGUGGAACCCGCCACCAUGCAGCAUAAAUUGCAGCCCUGAUGUGUGGCAGUGCCUGGCUGACCUCUGUAAUGUCCUGGCUCGUGUGGAUCAUGAAGAAGUGCCGCUUUACAAAGUUGAUACUGAUGAAGGCGAAGGAGAUGAGGAGCUGACGGUGCUCCAGCUGAAGGAAGACCAGCUGCUUGCUGGCUUUGUACCACUGCUGGCUGCACCACAGGAGCCAUGUUACACAGACAGACACACUGACAUGGCAAUAGCAGCGGAUUGUAAGAGAGUGACGGUGCUGAAGUACUUUCUGGAGGCUUUGUGUGGACAGGAAGAGCCUCUGCUGGCCUUCAAGGGAGGCAAAUACAUCUCUGUGGCAACUUCCCCACUUAACCACUCAAUAGAUACGAGAAGCAGGCAGGAUUCUCUAACGGAGAAAGAGGCUGAUGACGUCAUAUUGGAGGCAGAGUCGUCUCUCUCUGCAUCAGAAGAAGAGGAGGAUGCCGAGGAGGCGGGAGACAGUGAGAGUGACAUCAGACAGCUGAAAGCACGACGUCAUGUCCUCGCCAACAAACUGGCACAGCAACAGAAACGCAGGGAUAAGAUACAGGAGGUGCUACAGACAAGUGGGCAGUUGGAGCUGGAAGUGAGGCCUCUCUUUUUGGUUCCAGACACCAAUGGAUUCAUUGAUCAUUUGGGAGGGUUGAAGAAACUUCUUCAGUGUGGAACAUACAUAAUAGUUGUGCCACUGAUUGUGAUUACAGAGUUAGAUGGUUUGGCUAAGGGCCAAGACACUUUCGGUGGAGGUAUGGGUUCCGGAGGACGCAGCACCGGCAGUCGUGGCAACUAUAAUGUUAGUGCAGCCCAUGUGAGGGCCGUGCAAGAAAAGGCUCGGUUGGCAGUGGCUUUCUUAGAGAAAGGGUUCGAAGCCAGAGAACCAUGCCUCAGGGCCCUGACCAGCAGAGGAAAUCAGCUGGAGUCUAUUGCCUUCCGCAGUGAAGACACUUCUGGACAACAGGGUAACAAUGACGAUGUGAUUCUGUCCUGCUGCCUCCACUACUGCAAAGACAAGGCAAAAGAUUUCAUGCCUCAUCAGAGAAAUGGGACAGUGAGGCUCCAGAGGGAGGUGGUUCUCCUCACAGAUGACCGUAACCUGCGCGUCAAAGCUUUGACCCGCAACGUCCCCGUGCGAGACAUCCCCGCUUUCCUGAGCUGGGCCAAAGUGGGCUGAACCAGACGAAGCUGGAAUCAAAGGAACCCAACUGCUGAAGCCUGCUUGUCACUCAGCCAGGAGAGAAGACACACUUAAGCAGAGGAAGAAGAAGAAGAGGGAGAUAACAGGGGAGAGGAAAUGAUAACACAGAAGACCACUUACGAAAUACAAGCAAAUGUAGAGAGAGCAGGGUGGUUUCAAUGAGCUUUUUCCCCCCUUGUGACGAAGUGUGUGCGUGUAUGUGUGUGUUAAGAUCAGUGAGCUUCCCAAGAAUGAGGCAGGAGGACUUAAUAAGUCUCAGAAGGGCAAGAGUGGAAUGGAGGAAGGAGGUAAAGUGGAGUGAUUUAAUUUGUAGGUUGCUCAGUCCAGCCUCCAGCCUCUGCAGCUAUUUAGUGUGCACUCUGCAAGCAGUAUUAAAACUUGAAGCUGAUGAUAGAAUGAGCCAGAGAGAAGGAGUGUGUCGAUGGUCAUUUCAUUGAUUAAAGACAGCAGUAGUGAAGGCCAUAAAUGGCCCUUCCACACCUCUCUGACGGCCUGAGCUUUAAGAACUGCGUUGACCUGAGAGAAAAGGAAGACGGAGAAAAGCAGAGCUGGAUGUCUCUGUCAGUUCAGUACAGAGUGGCUGAAUGUAGUGAGGGUUAAUCAAGAACUCUCAUGCAAACUCAGCACCUCCAAGGGAGCACAGUCAGGGAUGGUAUUUCCUGCUAACCCAGGAAAUGCUCGAUGCCUGUUCUGUUUCUUGAGUUGUGCCUCCAGCUUGAUGUUCACAUUAAGUUUGGGUGUUGUAAGAAAAUGUUUUCUUGAGAUUCAAACAAAAGCAUUUAUCUUUCUGUCAUUUUUCCUUGUUUUUGAGCUUGUGUAAAAAGUUUAGUUUCCUUCACUGAGGCCAUUUUUUCCUGUUUCUAGACUUUGAUAAUAAGGAUCUGCCAAGUUUUUCCAAAAACGUGAACCAUUAUUUCUUCAAUCCCUUUUGUAUUUGAUCUGGGUACAAAAGUGUUUGUAAAUACUUAACUCAUUUCUUGUUGUGGGCAGUGUAACAAAUAGAUUUGCUUGUUGGUUUGUGUUAAAUUUUCUGCUGCUGAAAACUGCUACUUUUAUUGGAUUUUGCCCUUUGAGUGAAAUUAUACCGAUCUAUGGUUUAAAACAAUGACACAAAGCAAUAUUCUUUGACCCAGGUCUGCAUCAGGGAGCUUAGAAGAUGGUUCAGUCACUGAUAAUAACUUUGCAGAAACUUUAUUAUCAAGUACCACUGGUGACUUUCACUUUGUUUCACUUUAUUUUUCUGUUUACUUUUCCGUAAAUACCACCACAGCGGUUUAAUUUUUCAUACAUUUGCUUUAAUCAUUAUUACCCGUUUCCCUCUUCAAAGUGUGACUGUCCUCAUCUUCGUUUUCUUUUAUCAAAACUGAAAUACAUGUGGUAAAUUACAGGUUGUGAAAUUUCAAAUUCAAACAACACCUCACUGACGCAUCGUUAAACAUUUAACACAAAGGUGUAAUGUUUGUGUUUUUGCUUGCUCUACGUUGCUUUGGGAUACAGUUGCAGAAUAUCCACAGUUACCUCUUAGUGUAUGUUUCUGUGUGCGUUUGUGACUGCUUGGAUGCUUUAAAAUGGAUGUAAUCUUCACGCCACCCCUGGCAUGUUUCAUCACAGUAAAGUCAUGGAUCUAAAAUACUGCAGAAUAUAGUAGACACAACCUGCUUUCUAUUUGUCCUGUACUUUUUCAGCUCAACUUGUACAGCUUUCAUCAGCAGUUGAUGUUUCUGUAUUCUUGUAAACCAUCUGACAGGUUUAUUCAUUUUUUUCAAGCCCUCUGUUGUGGUGCUGCUGUAGUAUACAGUGCAGUCUGUUGUGUUCAGUGACACUGCUGCAAUGUUUCAGUGUUGGCGCAAAUGUAGUAAAAUAAUCACUUUAACUCCAAUUUUUCCAUCAGUCAUCAUUAAAAAUGUUUCAAAGCUA